AUGUAUACACACGACCGGCGGGUGGAGGCUGGUGCGGCGUGGUUAGUGUUUUCGUAUUGUCAGGUGUACAAAUACCGGAGAUUUCGCACGGUUAGGCAAAACACUUCCGGCUGGCGGGGUGUAGCAGGGAGCGGGAAUGGGUUAGGUUGGCGGUCGGGUGUGUGUGCCGAACAGAAGUGGGCGGAGAAAAGUUUCGUGAGAGGAGCAGGAGGUGGAGGAGAAGGAGGAAGAAGACGAAGUAGAUGGAACAACCUGGUGGCAGCCGGCAGGAGGCGGUGUUGGGGUUAUCGUGAUGUUGCUGCUGCCGAAUGCGUAACGGCGGAUAUUAAUUAA